CCCUCCCUCCCUGUUUAAAACAAUAUAUUUGUUCCCGCACAAAACACCCAACGCUCCGACGGAACCCUAGCAACCUCUCCGCCGAUGGCGUCACCGGAAGACCAAUCCAACACGAAAACGGAAGAAGGAACGACCGCAUUAUACAAGAAACGCUCUCGACGCGUGAGCUUCGCAGAGAACACUUCGGUUCACUUUUUCGACCGUGACGAAUCCUUAGAAACUCCUCCGGACCCCGAGCCUCCUAGUACACCCUCCGCUGACGAUGAUACGGAUGCUUCUGGACCGGACUUUCCGUUUAUUCGAGUGCUUGGAUCUCCAUCGCCCACUGCUUCUUCUGCUACCUCCAAUGAUGCAGAAGAUAAUUUUUUUGGUCCUGUAUCGGCAAAUUUUAUUAGACGAGAUUUGUCAGACUCUGCCAACUCAGAUGAUAAUCAUGAUCAAACAAUGGAUUCAACAGCAUUUUCAAUGCAUUUCCGUAGCCUUGCUAGAUCAGAUUCAGAAGAUAUGAAAACUUCCACAAGGGUUCCCCUUUCCUUUGAGGAGAAAACCCCUACUUCAAGUUCUAUUACUUCUGGUACAAGAAACACCAUGCAAUUGACACUCGUAAACAAGCCGAAUUCUCAACCUGAUGUUUCUACCUCUAAAUUGAGCGCGGGUUCUCAGUCAAAUGACAUGAGUCUUGUUGGAGAAUAUCAGAAUAAGUAUGACUACGGGAAAUUAUCGCCUGCAAUGGAUCCGCUCUUGGCAGAAGACAACAAUGAUUUGCACUCGGUUUCCCAUAUCUCCAUUCCAAAGUCACCGAUAAAAGCUGGAAAACAAAACGGAAAUGAGCCUGACUUUAUGGAUUUUAGUUAUGGUCAAGAUAAUAACAUUAAAGGCAUUACGAGUGAUGGGGAGCACAUUGAAGUUGAUUCUGUUAAACAGAAUGAGAUGGACGUUUCAGAUGAUGGAUCUAAGCUGCAUCCUAAUAAGCAAACUGCGUUGGGCGUUAUGUCCAAUACAUUUGAUACCCAAGGUUCUAAAUCUCCGGCUCCCAAUCAAUCUAUUAGGGAUACUCUUACUGUUAAAACAAAUGAACGUGUGAAAGAUGCAUUUGAAAUCAACUCAAACUUGGACUUACUGGGUACUAGUCAAAGGACUCCUUCAAAUCAUAUGGAUAUGGUUUAUCAAACAAAUGAAUCUCCUUUGCUAGGGUCAAUAACCCAUUUUACCGAUAGGCCAAGUCACAUGCUUUUAAAUGGUGUUGGACUAUUUAAAUCUCCAGGACCCGUGACACCAUCCAACAAUCCAGCAAGUGUUGCUCAAAGAGCUAGUGUUUCAUCUUUACAAAAAAGCAUAUCUAAACUAAGAGCUCUAGAAGUUUCUCCUGUCUCUGCUGCUUUGAAUGCUAAACUUGAAGAUUCGUCUUCCAGAUCCUUAGCUGGCCUCUCCAAGAUGACUUCUUUGGGUAAUUUGUUGGAGAAAGAAGCUGCAUUUAGAAAAAUGGACGGUAAUAAGACCGAGACACCGCAAAAUCUUGUGGUUAAAGAUGAUGAAAAUAAGAUUGGUUCUGCACAAACUUUGAAUUCUUCUUCAAAAAAGUUAAAGAAGACAACACCUGCAAAAUUCGGAGUCAGUCUUAUUAGAGAUGAAGAACAACCUAUCCAGCACAACGAGUCAUUAGCUACUGCAUCUGACGGGACGCGCAAAGGGGGAGAUAAUUCACCUCCAGUAAAUGUUGCAGGUUCCAAUAUAGAAGAAAAGGUGCAUGAAAAUGUUCACAAUAGCUCAGAAACAAAGGUGAACACAACAAACUUAUCAAACAAUAUAGAAAAUGAGAAGUUUCAACCAGUUUUUAGAGGAAAUGACAUUUCCAUCGGACGAAUGAAAGCUUCUAUCUCAUUAAAUGGCAGGAUGGAUGAAAAAUCAUGUCAUAAGAAUUUGGCAGACCAGUUUGAUAGAAGCCCCUCAAAUAAGGAGCUGCACAGUGUGUUGCACAAUGAAAACAAUGGUUCUGUUCAUGCAGAAAGUGUACCGUCUGAAGUAAGCUCAGCUGAGCGGAAAAGAAAAGCUGAACAUGUGACUACUGACAAAAUUGCUAAAAUAAAAAUGAGUUCAAAUUCUGGUCUUGAACUCUCAAGUGACGGUGAAAUGCCAAGAACUGGUCCUAAUCUGGAACAUUUGACCGAGAUUCAUACUAGAUUCUUUAAGGAGGCAAAACUUUUUUCGCAUUCGGUUGAUAAGAUGAAUUUGCAUGCGAUUGAUCGUUUGGUUGAUAUUCUGGGGCAGCUUCAGAGGUUCAAAACAUACCAGCUUCUUUCUACUGAAAUGCGGUCUCAAGAUAAAAAAGCAGCAGAAACGGUAUUGAUACUGUCUAAAUUUGUGCACGAGCAAGCGAAGUUGCAGCUAAUGCGCAUGAAACGAGGGAGAUUACUGAAAAAUGUGCAUUCACUUGCCUCCGGAAUUCGAGAGUCUGAAACACUAAACUUGAAUUCAUCACAAAACUCACUAGACGUUCAAGUUAUCCAUCAGCAGUCCUUACCAGACAAUAGUAAGGACAUUCAAGAGUGCCAGGUAGACAAAGAGAAAAUGACUUUGAUGACACAGGCAAUAAAAGAUACUGAUAGAAGAAUUUCCGACUUGACAAAAUCUUUCCACAUAUCAUGUAAGAUGAAAGGAGAACCAAACACUGCUGAUACUAUUGCAUACGCUAAUACUCAUUUUGUGAAAAGAGCACAUUGUCAGAUCUUACGCAAGGAUUUGCAGCUUUGGGUUGUAGACGAUCUGAAUAGUAGCAAAGAUCAUCACGAAGUUGUUCUUAACUACCUUGGCCUAAUGUCUCAAAGGUUAACAGUCACUGCUGGUGUAGUCCCAAGAUUGUCCAUCUCUAAUACAUUAAAUCAAAUGACUAUACACAAGAAUUUUAAAGAUAUAGACGCUUCAACUGCUUUUGGGUUUGUCUUUGAUAUUGGCUUAGUUCAGAAGCAUGCCGCGGCUACAAGUAUGGCACAAGAAACUCAAAUGGCAAGUUCUCUUUUGGGCAAUUUGGUUGAUGUGAUGGAGGAGAUACAACUUGCAAAAAUAGAGCUAAAGAACCUGAUUUACGCAAGAUUUCACACAUCCUUGGACGAACGCCUUGAUUUGGAGCUCUAUUUCUUUGAUCCAAACAGCCGAAAAAAGGCAACAAUAACUCUAAAUACUUCGUGUUUAAAAAGGGGUAUCUACCCAUCAGAGAUUGAUGCAUGCCAGAUUGGCGUUUCAGUCGAAGGAUCACGAACUUCAUCCAAUGAAAAACUCUCAGCUGAGAUUGCAGCAGCAGUUAAAAAUCUCAGAGUGGGAUAUUUUAGGAUUUUACGGUUAUGUAAGUGCAUAUCACAAUUAAUCAGCGUUCAAGUCUAACUUGAGAAAGUAGAACGUGUAAUGAGGAAAUCAAAUUGACUUAGUCUUGGUCAACCACUUGUUGAACUUAACGGUUACUGUCUUUCCAUUUCCUUUUUGAGUCUGUAAAAAUCUCAAAAGUUGUAUGAUUGGCACAGCUAAGUCCUUGCAUCCAAUCAAUGGCCCAAUUAGCGAAUUGCUGUAAACAAGCGGAAAUUUGAUUUUUAGU